AUGGAUGCCUCGUCACUCUUUGCUGUCCGGCACUCGCCGCUCUUCCUCCUCGUCCUCUUUCUGCUGGUGCCACUCUUCUCCGUCCUCAUCCUCUUCUCCUCCAAGAGGAACAAGAAGCUUCUUACACCCAGCAGCAAUGGCGGCCAGAAGCUUCCUCCGUCCCCGCCGGGUCUUCCCAUCCUCGGCCACCUCCAUCUUCUCGGGUCCCUGCCGCACCGGAACCUCCGCUCGCUGGCCGAAGCGCACGGUCCGGUCAUGCUGCUGCGCCUCGGCCGCGUGCCCACCGUCGUGGCAUCCUCCGCCGCCGCGGCGCAGGAGGUCAUGAAGACCCGCGACCUGGCCUACGCGAGCCGCGCCCACAUGCUCAUGGCCGACAAGCUCCUCUACGGUCAGGACAUGGUGCUGGCGCCCUACGGCGAGUACUGGCGCCAGGCGCGCCGCGUGUGCGUGGUGCACCUCCUCAACCCGCGCCGCAUCCGCUCCUUCCGCCGCGUCCGGGAGCAGGAGGUCGCCGCCCUGCUCGGCCUCGUCCGCCGCUCGCCUCCGGGCGGCGCCGUGAACCUCAGCGACGUCAUCACCUCCUACUCCAACGCCGUCAUCAGGCGCGCCGCGUUCGGCGACGGGGAAUACGGGCUCGACGGCGACGAAGGCGGAGAGAAGCUCAGGAAGGUGCUCGACGACUUCGAGCACCUGCUGGGGACGGCCACGGUGGGGGAGUUCGUGCCGUGGCUGGCAUGGCUCGACACGUUGGCGGGGGUGAAUGCCAAGGCGACGCGCACGUUCCAGGCGCUCGACGGGUUGCUCGACCGGGUCAUCGCGGUGCACCGCCAGCGGCGCCUCGCUGGUGGACGGCCGGUGGGCGACGACGGCGAGGACGAUCGGCGGGACUUUGUGGACGUGCUGCUGGACGUGAACGAGUCGGGAGAAGAGGCCGGCGGAGUCCACUUUGACGAGAUCCGCAUCAAGGCCAUUAUGCUGGAUAUGUUCGCCGCUGCCACUGACACGACAUACACAGCUUUGGAAUGGGCCAUGGCGGACCUCAUCAACCACCCUCUUGAAAUGCACAAGCUCCAGGACGAGAUCCGCGCCGCCGUCAACGGCGCCAACCACGUCAAUGAGGACCACCUCGAGCAGCUGCGCUACCUCAGGGCCGUGAUCAAGGAGAGCCUUCGGCUGCACGCGCCGCUGCCGCUCCUCCUUCCUCGGGAGACGCUGGAGGACACGGAGCUGCUAGGCUACCGUGUUCCGGCGAGGACGCGCGUGGUGAUCAACGCGUGGGCCAUCGGCCGCGACCCCUUGACAUGGGAGCGCGCCGACGAGUUCUUCCCGGAGCGGUUCAUGGACGACCCGACAGAGUACGGCGUGGUGCAGGAUUUCAGCUUCGUGCCGUUCGGCGCCGGGAGGAGGGGGUGCCCAGGGGCUGGGUUCGCCGCGCCGUCGAUGGAGCUCGCUCUGGCGAGCCUGCUGUACCAUUUCGACUGGGAGCUGCCGAACGGGACGUCCAAGGUGGACAUGCGCGAGCAGUUUGGGAUCUCGGUGCGACUCAAGGCGCCGCUGCAUCUGGUUGCUAAGCCGUGGUCUCCUUGACCGCCGCGCGUGGCUUGCUAGAAGAUCUACUAGACAUUCCAUGGCUGAUGGAUGUGAUGUACAGUGGUUUACCACCUUAUACCGAUGUAAG